AGCACCACCCGCUCCCUCUCGCUGUUGUACGAGUCCGAGCGCAUCGGCGUGGCCGCCUCUGAGGAGCUUGUACGACAAGGGGAGGCACUGAAGCGAACAGAGCAGAUGGUAGAUAAAAUGGACCAGGACUUGAAGACUAGUCAAAGGCACAUAAACAGCAUUAAGAGUGUUUGGGGGGGCUUGGUGAACUACUUCAAAGCCAAACCUCCAGAGAGCAAGCCGGAGCAGAAUGGAAUGCCUGAAUAUUAUGCUAACAGUAGGUUAAAAGAAGCCAUGAUGUCUAGUAAAGAGCAAGAGUCAAAAUACCAGGAAAGUCAUCCAAACUUAAGGAAGCUAGAUAUAGACAAUGAUUUCAGCAAAGCAGAUUUAAUUUCUCCAGCACCAAGGGAUUCCUAUCCAAAGAACCAACACCUGCGAGCUUACCACCAGAAAAUUGAUAACAACUUAGAUGAGAUGUCUUCUGGGUUGAGUCGUCUGAAAAACCUAGCUCUUGGGCUGCAGACAGAAAUAGAUGAGCAAGAUGAUAUACUGGAUCGGCUAACAAAAAAAGUAGAGACACUGGAUGUCAAUAUUAAAAGCACUGAUAAGAAAGUCCGACAACUUUAA